AUGGACGACUACAUACAAAGUCUACCGGACGAAUCUGCCGCGAUUGAUAUGGUAAGGGAUAUAAUUAAUAUUCACAAAGAAGGUGGGUUCGAAAUUCGGAAUUUCACGAGCAAUAAUUUGGAUGUGUUGAAAAGUGUGCCUACCGAUGCUUUAGGCGACGCCGCUGUGAAAUUUAAAAUAGGUCAGCAGUACGAAGGCGAACGAACGCUCGGGCUCAUUUGGUACCCAGGGACGGACGAACUAGGUUUCGACGUGUCGUUGAAGCGUGUGCCACUUGAUAUAUUAAAAGGUGAGCAAAGACCAACUAAAAGGCUAAUGUUGAAAGUUAUUAUGUCAAUAUUCGACGUGUUUGGCUUUUUGGCUCCUUUUACUAUACAAGGUAAGAUAAUGCUUCAAGACACGUGGAAAUCGCAUGUCGGCUGGGAUGACACCAUUCCUGACGCCACAUUUGAUAAGUGGCGAAAGUGGCUCGAGCUGCUGCAGGUAAUAAACAAAAUUCGAGUACCCAGAUGUUAUCACCAGGCAGCGACAACAGGAAGCGUAGCAAUGCUACGAGAGCCGGUCGCUACAAACGCUGCACCAUCUCCACUGACGGGCGUCAGCGCAAGUGCUGUUGCAACAAGUUGUGAGUAUAAUAAUCUGCAAUUGCAUACGUUUUGUGAUGCGUCAACAAAAGCAAUGGCUGCCGUGUCAUACUGGCGAUGGAAUGACAAGUUUGGAAACAUCUGUGUAGCGUUAGUGGCUAGCAAAUGUCGAGUUUGUCCAGUCAAGGCAUUGACAGUGCCCAGAUAUGAGUUACAAAGUGCUCUUUUAGCUGCCAGAUUAGCAGAUACACUGUUGAAAGAGCACAAACUCAAAGCAACGCGAAGAUACUUUUGGAGUGAUGCCACUACCGUGUUGCACUGGAUAAAAAACGACACACGCAAUUAUAAGACUUUUGUUGCGAACAGAUUGGGUGAAAUCGACGAGCUUACGCGUGCAUCAGAGUGGAGGUACGUACCUACUAAGUUAAAUAUUGCUGACACAGCCACACGUGAGGUCUACGACGAAACCAUUUUUCAAAACGAAUGGUUCAACGGUCCUACAUUUUUAUACGGUGAAGAAUCUACAUGGCCGCGAGACUUAGUGGAACGAGAUGUCAAUGUUUCAAAUCUAGAACGCGUAACAUUGGUCCAAGUAACUGCUCAAAACUCACGUCUUCCGGAUCCUCAUCGUUUUUCGUCUUGGUUGCGGCUUAAGAGAGCUACUGCAGCGGUUCUUAAGUUUGUAAACAAGUGUAAAAAACUUACAAGCGAAGAGGACUGCGAAACAAUGGAAAGAGCGGAGCGUCUUAUAUUGAAACAAGCCCAGCGAGAGUCUUUCGGUCACGAGAUUGCAGCAAUAAAAGCAGGUAAGUGUAUAGACGCCGGACAACACGCACUACAAUUAAAAUGGCGAUGGGCGGGACACGUAGCGCGAAUCACAGACCAAAGAUGGACGAAACGGGUAACUGAGUGGAUGGGCCCCACUGGUAAGAGGAGCAGAGGGAAGCCAAAAGAACGCUGGAUAGACGAAAUUCAAAAGAAAGCUGGUAGAGACUGGAUCUUGAAAGCGCAGGACAGGAAACAAUGGAAACUGAUGGAGGAGGCCUUUACCCUAACUGGGGCCAUGUGA